AUGAUCCAGAGAUCAUCAUCAUCUCUCCUUUCCUUGGCGUCAAUCGAAACCCUUUUAAAGCUCUGCAAAUCCGAAAUUCACCUUCACCAAAUCCACGCCAGAAUCAUCCGUAAAGGCCUUGAGCAAGACCAGAAUCUCAUCUCCAUCUUCCUCUCUUCGUCUCCGUCUUCUUCUUCCUCUCUCUCUUACGCUUCCUCUGUUUUUGACCGUGUGCCUCAUCCUUGCACUAAUCUCUGGAACUGCUUCAUCAAUGGGUACUCGAAAAGGUCUCUCUUUUCCGAAACGGUUUCGCUUCUCGUUCGUAUGAUGAGAGCCGGCUUCGCUCGACCUGACGAGUUCACUUUCCCUAUGGUGAUGAAAGCUUGCUCUGUCAAUGGACAGGCUCACGCUGGGUCAUCAGUCCAUGGAUUGGCUCUGCGAAUCGGGUUUGGUAAAGACGUGUUUGUCGCUACAAGUUUGAUCGAUUUCUACGGCAAAUGCAAGGACUCGCCGAGCGCGCGUAAGAUGUUCGACGAAACGCCUGAGAGAAACGCGGUUUCUUGGACGGCUCUGAUUGUGGCUUGCGUGAGAUCUGGAGAGUUGGAGAGAGCGAAGAAGCUCUUCGACGUGAUGCCAGAGCGAAAUUCUGGAUCUUGGAACGCGUUGAUCGAUGGAUUGGUGAAAUCCGGAGAUUUAGCGAAUGCGAGGAAACUGUUCGAUGAAAUGCCUGAGAGAGAUGUAAUCUCGUAUACUUCAAUGAUUGAUGGAUAUGGUAAAAGCGGCGAUAUGCGUUCCGCGAGGGAGUUGUUUGAUGAAGCGAGAGAUGUUGUUGACGUUAGAGCGUGGUCGGUUUUGAUCUCCGGUUAUGCGCAGAACGGUCAGGCGAACGAGGCGGUUAAGGCUUUCGACGAAAUGUGUGAGAGGAAUGUGAAGGCUGAUGAGUUUGUGAUGGUGAGUUUGAUGUCAGCUUGUGCUCAGAUUGGUAGCUUUGAGUUGUGUGAAAAGGUUGAAUCUUUGCUGCGGAAUCGUGUGAACGAGUUUGCUAGUAGUCGUUGUUAUGUUGUACCUGCUUUGAUAGAGAUGAAUGUGAAGUGUGGUAAUAUGGAGAGAGCAGCGAGGUUGUUCGAAGAGAUGCCUCGGAGAGAUCUCGUUUCGUACUGUUCGAUGAUGGAAGGAGUGGCGAUUCAUGGCUGUGGAGGCGAAGCUGUGAGGCUGUUUGAGAGAAUGGUUAGUGAAGGUGUUGUGCCUGAUGAAGUUGCGUUUACAGUGAUACUGAAAGUUUGUGGGCAAGCAGGGCUUGUUGAGGAUGGUUUGAGGUAUUUUGAGUUGAUGCGAGGAGAGUAUUCGAUUGUGGCUUCGUCUGAUCAUUUUGCCUGCGUUGUGAGUCUUCUUAGCCGGUCGGGGAGGGUGGAAGAGGCUUAUGAGCUUGUUAAAUCCAUGCCUGUUGAAGCGAAUGUGAGUGCUUGGGGUUCGGUUUUGGGUGGUUGUAGUGUACAUGGGAAUAGUGAGAUUGCAGAAGUAGUUGCAAGGAGACUCUUUGAAGUUGAGCCAGAAAGUGGUGGUAACUAUGUGAUUCUGUCGAAUAUUUAUGCAGCUUUGGACCGUUGGGCUGAUGUAGCUCAUGUUAGGGAUAAAAUGAAGGAGAAUGGUGUUAAGAAGAUUUGUGGCCGAAGUUCGAUAAGUCGAUAA